CGCAGGAGGAAACUGCCAGGAGGAAGGGAGGAGACUCCGCUCUGAACUUUCUAGAAAGGGGCUCUAGGAUCCAGGGCACCUGAGCCGUGGGCUCAGACUUGAAAAGCUCCCGGGCUGGUCAGACUUCACUGUCCACGUGCCAGCCCUGGGGCGGUGGCCUCUGGAGGGCGCAGGACCGAAUGGUUCAGGCACAACCCCAACCCCAACGACAGGCAGUCCUGCGGCGGGAAGAGGGAGCGGGAGCGCAGAGCAGGAGCGCAGAGCGCGGAGCCCUGGAGGGAAGCGGGCACAGGGACUCGGGACUCCCCUGUGGCCUCACGUCCACAGACUUCUCCGCGGGCACAGGCAGCCUCUGCUUGGCGGGAGCGGGCCUCCUGGACUGUGCACCUGGCAGAGUGGACGCCUUCGGGAGGGACAAGGGUAUGGAUAUAUUGAAGAACGUCAUCUCCUGUGCCCAGUAUGUGUACGAACUAUGUGAAAAGAUGCAACACUGCGAGGGACAGUACAAACGUCUAAGGAACCGCAUCCACGGCCUGCUGCAGCCUCUGCAAGAGCUCCAGGACCGAGGAGAGGGGAACCUGUCCCCUGGGAUCAUCACUGCCCUGAACAAUUUCCAGGCUGCCCUUGAGGAAGCCAAGAAGAAGAUAGAUAAGUUUAGCGAUAAGUCCUUUCUCCAUAAGUUUCUAAAAUCAGGGAGGAACAAAGAACUCUUUACAGAUGUGAACAAUAGGCUGAACGAUGUCUACCAGGAGUUCUCACUGACGCUUCAGGUGCAUCAGUGGGUGUCUAUUUCAAGCAUCAGCAGAGAAGCCUGGAAAAAAGAGGAUCAGCAGGAUGCAGAGGAAGAUUGGCGAGUCUUCCAGAGUCUAACUGCAGAAAGUGAAAUUAUCGAAGCUUCAGUGGAGCAAGUGAAAAAUGAAGUGGAAAAAAUCAUGAGGCGCCAAUUACAGAAAUCAAUAAAGGCGGCCCUAGCAUAUAAAAUCACGGAGAUUAAGAAGGAGGAGCUUUCUGAUUGGAUCUCUCUAAAGAAAAAUGAAUUCAGCGAAGUUUUUAAAGGAAAAUAUUACCAAUCUCCAGUGGCCAUAAAAGUAUUCAACAACGUCCAGACCAGAAACCCUGGAACAGUGAGGCAUGUUUUCAAUAAUGAGGUCACAACCAUGAAGAAAUUUGAUUCUCCUAACAUCCUGCGUAUAUUUGGGAUUUGCAUUGAUGAAACAGUGACCCCACCUCAAUUCUCCAUUGUCAUGGAGUACUGUGAGCUCGGGACCCUCAGGGAACUGCUGGAUCAGAAAAAGGACCUCACAUUGGCUGAACGCAUCGUCCUGGCCGUGGGGGCAGCCAGUGGCUUAUACAGGCUGCACCAUUCCGAAGCCCCUGAACUCCAUAGAAACAUCAGCAGCAGGAGCUUCCUAGUAACUAACGGCUACCAAGUGAAGCUUUCAGGAUUUGAGUUGAGCAAAACACAGACUUCCAUCAGCAGAACAACUAAGAGAAAAAAAGAAGGGACAGUCAAUUCCACAGCAUAUAUCUCACCUCAAAGACUGGGAAAUGUGUACUAUAAAUAUGACAUAGCAGCUGAAAUAUACAGCUUUGGAAUUGUCCUCUGGGAAAUCGUCACUGGGAAGACCCCGUUUGAAGGCUGUGAUUCUAGGAAGAUCCACCAGCUGGUGGCUGUGAACAAGCAGCAGGAGCCACUGGGUGAAGACUGCCCUUCACAGUUGAAGGAGAUCAUUGAUAGUUGUCGGGCUUACGAGCCCUCCAGGCGGCCCUCUAUUAAGGAAAUCUCAGAGAAACUGUCUAUCUUCUACAAAGCUGUGGAUUGAAACAGAAACUAAGGAGUCGCUGGACAAGAAACUGGAAGAGGCGAAAGCUGGGCAUCUUUCUCUCUCUUAUCCUCGGCAUGGAGGAUUUUUUUUAUUUAUGGAUUUAUUUUAGUUAUUUAUGGAUUCAGGGAGGCAGCACUUCUCUGUUACAAAGAGAAAACAGUUCCAGUCAUGCAGAGCACAUCCCCCUCCAAACGAUAUUGUCAAAAGUAUGUCUCUGAUAGUAACUGUAAUAGAUGUUUUACAAAAACGUAUCUCUCUCUGUAUGGACACCUCUUAGCACUGUGACUUUGCAGCUCCUCCCAUGGCAAAGUGGAAUCUACACAUGAAACUAAUAUAUUAUUGUAUGUCAAUUAUAUUUCAAUCGAAAAGAAAUACUCUCUCUUACAAACUGAAAGGUUUAUAGAUAAUGCAAUGAUAUAUCUGGAGUUUAAUUUAAAAUAAUUCAGGGGGAGGGAAAAUAAUCUUACCUAAUAAUAGACAAACAUGUAAAUUG